CAGCAGCAGCAGCAGCGGCGGCGGCAGCAGCUCUGGGCCCGGCAGCCGCGGCGGCGCCCCCCCCUCCCGGCCCCCCGUCCGGCAGCCCCGGCCUCGGCUCCCGCGGGGGACACCAUGUACUGGCUGGCGGCGCAGGGAGGCCGGCGCCCGGCGGGGAUGUUGGGUUAACGGCAUGGAGAACAGUCACCCCCACCACCACCACCAGCAGCCCCCGCCGCAGCCCGGCCCUUCGGGCGAGAGGAGGAACCACCAUUGGAGAAGUUACAAGUUGAUGAUUGACCCGGCUCUGAAAAAGGGACACCAUAAACUGUACCGCUACGAUGGGCAGCAUUUCAGCCUGGCGAUGUCCAGCAACCGCCCGGUGGAAAUUGUCGAAGAUCCACGGGUGGUCGGAAUCUGGACCAAAAACAAGGAGCUGGAGCUGUCGGUGCCCAAAUUCAAGAUCGAUGAGUUCUACGUGGGCCCAGUGCCUCCGAAGCAGGUGACAUUUGCCAAGCUGAAUGAUAACAUCCGCGAAAACUUCCUGAGGGACAUGUGCAAGAAGUAUGGGGAAGUGGAGGAGGUGGAGAUUUUGUACAACCCCAAGACCAAGAAGCACUUGGGCAUUGCCAAAGUGGUCUUUGCCACGGUCCGGGGGGCCAAGGAGGCGGUUCAGCACUUGCAUAGCACUUCGGUCAUGGGCAAUAUCAUCCACGUGGAGCUGGACACCAAAGGGGAAACCCGAAUGCGGUUUUACGAACUGUUGGUCACGGGCCGAUACACACCCCAGACCCUGCCGGUGGGUGAGCUGGAUGCUGUCUCUCCAAUUGUGAACGAGACCUUGCAGUUGUCAGAUGCCCUGAAGCGCCUCAAGGAUGGGGGCCUGUCCACAGGCUGUGGCUCUGGCUCGUCCUCUGUCACCCCAAAUAGUGGCGGGACGCCCUUCUCCCAGGACACUGCUUACUCCAGCUGUCGCCUGGACACGCCCAAUUCCUACGGACAGGGCACGCCGCUCACGCCGCGCCUGGGCACCCCCUUCUCGCAGGAUUCCAGCUAUUCCAGCCGCCAGCCCACACCCUCCUACCUCUUCAACCAGGACCCCACGGUGACCUUCAAGGCCCGGCGCCAUGAGAGCAAGUUUACGGAUGCCUACAACCGCCGCCACGAGCACCACUAUGUCCACAACUCUCCUGCGGUCACAGCGGUGGCCGGGGCCGCAGCCGCCUUCAGGGGCUCUGUGGACCUCCCGUUCGGGGCAGUCAGCAGUAGUGGGGCCAGCGGCGGUCCCCCGUUCAAGGCCCAGCCCCAGGACUCAGCCACGUUUGCCCACACUCCACCACCUCCCCAAGCAACCCCUGCUGCUGGAGUCACGUUCAAGCCGGCUUUCUCUCCCUACCAGACCCCGGUACCUCCUUUCCCCCCACCCCCCGAGGAGCCCCCCACCACAACCGCCUUUGGAGCCCGUGACAGUGGGGAGUUCCAGAGAGCACCUGCGCCCCCACCCCUGCCGCCUAGUGAGCCCCUGACCAAGGAGAAGCCGGGCACGCCCCCCGGCCCACCACCCCCCGAUGCCAACAGCAUGGAGCUGGGUGGCCGGCCAACCUUCGGCUGGAGCCCAGAGCCCUGCGACAGCCCGGGCACCCCGACCCUGGAGUCGUCACCAGGGCUGGAGAAGCCCCACGACAGCCUGGACUCGCGCAUCGAGAUGUUGCUGAAGGAGCAGCGCACCAAGCUACCCUUCCUCCCGGAGCAGGACUCGGACACGGAGCUGCAGAUGGAGGGCAGCCCCAUCUCCUCCUCCUCCUCCCAGCUCUCCCCUCUGGCCCCCUUUGGCGCUAACUCCCAGCCGGGCUUCCGAGGCCCCACGCCACCUUCCUCGCGCCCCUCCAGCACCGGGCUGGAGGACAUUAGCCCCACGCCACUGCCGGACUCGGACGAGGAUGAGGAGCCUGACCUGGGGAUGGGGCCCCGGCCCCCACCUGAGCCAGGCCCCCCGGACCCGACUGGUCUUCUGGGUCAGACAACUGAGAUGGCCUUGGACCUGGCUGGAGACAGGACCCCAACCUCAGAGAAGAUGGAUGAGGGCCAGCAGUCCUCUGGCGAGGACAUGGAGAUCUCGGACGACGAGAUGCCCUCAGCCCCCAUCACCAGCGCCGAUUGUCCCAAGCCCAUGGUGGUGACGCCAGGGGCGGCGCCUGUGGGAGCCCCCUCCGUGCUGGGCCCGAACCUGCCGCUGCCCCCACCCCCUGGCUUCCCACCGCUGCCCCCGCCCCCGCCCCCGCCCCCGCCCCAGCCUGGCUUCCCCAUGCCCCCACCUCUGCCACCGCCCCCGCCCCCGCCACCCCCGGCCCACCCGGCCGUGACAGUGCCCCCGCCACCCCUGCCAGCGCCACCCGGCGUCCCGCCACCGCCAAUCCUGCCCCCUCUGCCGCCCUUCCCGCCUGGGCUGUUUCCCGUGAUGCAAGUGGACAUGAGCCAUGUGCUGGGCGGCCAGUGGGGCGGCAUGCCCAUGUCCUUCCAGAUGCAAACACAAAUGCUGAGCCGUCUGAUGACAGGCCAGGGCGCCUGCCCCUACCCACCCUUCAUGGCCGCUGCAGCCGGGCUGCAGUUUGUCAACCUGCCCCCUUACCGGGGCCCCUUUUCCCUGGGCAACACGGGCCCCGGUCGCGGGCAGCCCUGGCCGCCCCUGCCCAAGUUUGAUCCGUCCGUGCCGCCGCCAGGCUACAUGCCACGCCAGGAGGACCCGCACAAGGCCACUGUCGACGGUGUCCUCCUGGUGGUGCUCAAAGAGCUCAAGGCCAUCAUGAAGCGUGACCUGAACCGCAAGAUGGUGGAGGUGGUGGCCUUCCGGGCCUUCGACGAGUGGUGGGACAAGAAGGAGCGGAUGGCGAAGGCCUCACUGACCCCCGUGAAGUCAGGCGAGCACAAGGACGAGGACCGGCCGAAGCCCAAGGACCGCAUCACCUCGUGCCUGCUGGAGUCGUGGGGCAAGGGCGAGGGCCUGGGCUACGAGGGCCUGGGCCUGGGCAUCGGGCUGCGGGGGGCCAUCCGCCUGCCCUCCUUCAAGGUCAAGAGGAAGGAGCCACCGGACACAGCCUCCGCCGGAGACCAGAAGCGACUUCGGCCCUCAACCUCCGUGGAUGAAGAAGACGAAGAGUCGGAGCGGGAGCGGGACCGGGAUGCGGCGGAUGCCCCCUGCGAGCUCGCCAAGCGGGACCCCAAGGGCGUGGGUGUGCGGCGGCGGCCGGCCCGACCCCUGGAGCUGGACAGCGGCGGCGAGGAGGAUGAGAAGGAGUCGCUGUCGGUGUCCUCGUCGUCGUCGGCGUCCUCCUCCUCCGGGUCCUCCACGACCUCGCCUUCAUCCUCCGCCUCGGACAAGGAGGAGCAGGAGAGCACCGAGGAGGAAGAGGAGGGGGAGGAGGAAGAGGAGGAAGGCCCCCGGAGCCGCGUCUCCUCCUCCUCCACCUCAUCCACGUCGGAUAAGGAGGACGACGAGGACAGUGACGGCCAGGACGAGUCCAAGAACGACGACGAAGACUUGGCCCUGUCGGAGGCGAGUGACAAGGAGGAAGGGGACUCCGAUGGAGAUGAGACAGCGAGCGUCGCUACCAGCAAGGCCGGAGCUAGCUCCUCCAGUGAGAGUUCUGAGUCUUCUGAGUUUGAGUCAAGUUCCGAGUCCUCGUCGUCAUCCUCGGAGGAUGAGGAAGAGCUGGUGGUGGAGGAGGAGGAGGAAGAGGAGGAGGAAGAGGAGGAGGAGGAGGAAGAGCCAGCCACUGACGAGAGCAUGGCUCCCGCUGUGCCCGAGGAGGACUUUGAGAAGGACGUGGCCACAAGGCCACCCGUGAUGGAGUCCUUGGGCACGGAAGAGGAGGUGGACAUUGAGGCUGAGGACGAAGCCCCCGAGGAGCAGCCCCCUGUGCAGGAAGAGCCCCCCCUGCCUGUGGGCACGAAGGAGCUGGCUGGCUGCAAGGAGUCCGCCAAGGAGCCAGGUCUGAACCAGGAAGGGGUCCGGUCGCUGUCUCCAGAGCCCCCGGCGCGAGAGAUGGAGGCCCACCUGCCGCCUUCCCCGGAGCCCGACCAAGGGGAGGACCUGGAAGCAAAGCCUGAGCCCCCCGCGCUGCUCUCCUCGCCCCUGCAGCCGCCAUUGCCGCCCCACCGGCCGCCCCGGCCGCCCAGCCCGCCGCCUGAGCCCCAAGCCCCUGACCCCCCACAUGCACCAGCCCCCCCGGAGCCUGCCCCCGAGGACCAGCCCCCGCGCACUCCGGGCCUCUGUGGCAGCCUGGCCAAGUCACAGAGCACAGAGACGGUGCCGGCCACCCCAAGCGGGGACCCCCCGCUGUCGGGGGGCAGCAGCAGCCUGUCCCUGAGCUCCCCGCAGGUGCCCGGCAGCCCCUUCUCCUACCCGUCCCAGUCCCCCAGCCUGAGCAGCGGGGGCCUCCCGAGGACGCCAGGCCGGGACUUCAGCUUUACGCCCACCUUCCCCGAGCCCGGCGGGCCCCUACUGCUGCCUGUCUGCCCCAUCCCGGCCGGCCGGCGGGACGAGCGCUCCGGCCCGCUGCCCUCCCAGGUGCUCCUGGAGACCGGCCUGCCGCUCCCGCUGCCCCUGCCCCUGCCCCUGCCCUUGGCGUUGCCAGUACCUGUCCUGCGGCCCCAGACUCGGACCCCUGCCCAGCUGCCACCCCUGCUGCCCGCCCCUCUGGCUCCCUGCCCGCCCCCCAUCAAGAGGAAGCCGGGCCGGCCCCGGCGAUCCCCGCCAGCCCUGCUCUCCUUGGACGGGCCCUUGGUCCGGCCACCGGCGGGGGCUGCCCUUGGCAGGGACCUUCUGCUCUUGCCUGGCCAGCCACAGACCCCUGUCUUCCCCAGCACCCAUGACCCCCGGGCCGUGACCCUGGACUUCCGGAACACGGGGAUCCCGGCCCCUCCCCCACCCCUGCCUCCCCAGCCUCCCCCACCGCCACCUCCACCCCCUGUUGAGCCCACCAAGCUGCCGUUCAAGGAGCUGGAGAACCAGUGGCUCUCUGAGGCCAUCCCCCCGGGCCCCCGCGGGCGUGACGAAGUCACGGAGGAGUUCAUGGACCUGGCCAAGGUGCGCGGCCCCUGGCGCCGGCCACCUAAGAAGCGCCACGAGGACCUGGCGGCCUCGCCCGAGCUCUCCCCGCCGCAGCCCCUCUUCCGGCCCCGCACGGAGUUUGAGGAGAUGACUAUCCUCUAUGACAUCUGGAACGGUGGCAUCGAUGAAGAGGACAUCCGCUUCCUGUGUGUCACCUACGAGCGGCUGCUGCAGCAGGACAAUGGCAUGGACUGGCUCAACGACACGCUCUGGGUCUACCAUCCCUCCACCAGCCUCUCUUCAGCUAAGAAAAAGAGACGGGAUGACGACAUCCCCGAGCACGCCACAGGCUGCGCCCGCAGCGAGGGCUUCUACACCAUCGAUAAGAAGGACAAGAUCAGAUACCUCAACAACACCCGCGCCAGCACAGACGAGCCCCCCACGGACACCCAGGGCAUGAGCAUCCCGGCGCAGCCGCACGCCUCCACCCGGGCCGGCUCGGAGCGGCGCUCAGAGCAGCGCCGCCUGUUGUCCUCCUUCACUGGCAGCUGUGACAGCGACCUGCUCAAGUUCAACCAGCUCAAGUUCCGGAAGAAAAAGCUCAAAUUCUGCAAGAGCCACAUUCACGACUGGGGCCUGUUCGCCAUGGAGCCCAUCGCGGCCGACGAGAUGGUCAUCGAGUACGUGGGCCAGAACAUCCGCCAGGUGAUCGCGGACAUGCGGGAGAAGCGCUAUGAAGACGAGGGCAUUGGGAGCAGCUACAUGUUCCGGGUGGACCACGACACGAUCAUCGAUGCCACCAAGUGCGGCAACUUUGCUCGCUUCAUCAACCACAGCUGCAACCCCAACUGCUACGCCAAGGUGAUCACGGUGGAGUCGCAGAAGAAGAUCGUCAUCUACUCCAAACAGCACAUCAGCGUCAACGAGGAGAUCACCUACGACUAUAAGUUCCCCAUCGAAGACGUCAAGAUCCCCUGUCUCUGCAGCUCCGAGAACUGCCGGGGGACGCUCAACUAGGCGCGGCAGCCAGCAGAAGGACGUCAGCUGUCGUCGGGGCUCCCAGCGCGGACCCCUGAGGCCCCGGGGCCUGGCCCCACCUCCCACCCCCAUUUCAGGUGCUGUCCUCUACCCAGUGGCCGUGUCAGGGCCUGGCGCCCCCAACACUACCCCCAGGACCCCGGCUCCAGCCCCUCAGAGGGAAAGGGCUUCUCUGUCUGUCCGCCUGUGUCUCAUCGUUUCUCAAAGUGCUCCCGUGAGGAUCUGUGUUCGACUCCAACAUGAACUUCUCUGUUCCUGUGUCACUCUCCCUGGCUCUCCAUCUCUCUCUCUCUCCGUCUUUUCUCUUUCCCGUCGUUUUCGUCAGCCUCUUUCCAUGAAUGCUGCUACGUUGUUUUGUCUUCCCUUUAUUUUCUUCCUUGUCAUAAGAAGACAUUUUAACCGUUGAAAUGUGAAGGCAGAAUCAGAGGGCGGGGGCCCCUGGUGGAGGCUGCAGAGCCCGCGGUUCGAUGGCGUGUCGGCCGGCGGUCUGGAGGCCCCCGGGGCCAGGGUGCUGGGCCAGGUGCUGCAGGGAGGAGGAGGGUCCGGCCCGGUGGCUUUGACCUCAGAACACUACGGAAGGCCCUUGCCUCUGCCAGUGGACUCAGUGAGAAGACCCUCCUACAGGCCCCCCGCCCCCAGUCUGUUCUUCCCCCAGCAGCCUGAGGGGGGGCCAUUUCCCCUCACGGACCCUGGUGGAGCCCCCCGGCCGGUCCCAGGCAGGACUCUUCCCCUCUGGGCUCUCUCUGCCACCUCGCGCCCCUCCCCCCCCAUCUUGGGUUCAAUGUUUACUUUCUCAUUCGAAUGCCAGCAACGAGGGAGCCUCCAGGAGGUCCCAGCGGGGGCAGGCGGGGCACUGGGAAGGGUCACAUCUGCGCCCCCCUGUCCGCCCCUUCACAGGCCAGAGGAGGGCCCCCCCGGCAGGCGGGGCCUCCAGUCCCACCACUACGGGUGUCCGACCGUGAAUGCGUGUGGCAUUGUUCGUUCGUAAGCUUCACCUGCUCGCCCCUGGCCCACACCCCCACCCACCUUGCCAGCAGCCCCCUCACCCCAAGAUGUCAGAAGCAUAUUUAUUUUUGGAGUGCGAAGAUUAUUUCUCCCAGAGAAAGAAAAACCUUGGAGAAGAUUUUAAAACUCGAAUCUAAAUCUGACAGGUUUUUGGUUUUGUUUUUUUUUUUAAACCCUUUUUACCCCCUUCCCAUCAUCCUCUUCAGGGUUUAUUUCCGUAUAUUUUUGUGUGUGCGUGUGCGUGUAUAAAAUCAAACCGAAGGGGGGAAAUCAGUUUUUGAAGUUCAGAACCAACUUCUGUACAUAGGCUUCGGUAAAGGACUUUUUCUCGGGAACAUUGUUUCUUGUAGAAACAUGUGGGAAGACUUUUUUGCUCAUUUCUUUGUACUUCCAAAAACACCACACGAGUCCCUGCACCCCAGAAAGCAGAGCAGGCGUGUAAAUAAUUUAUGGAAAGUGACUGUUGUGACCAGGACUCAUCCUCGCCAAGACGGGAGCCUCCCGGCGGGGCCGCCCCGCCCUGCGGCGCGCAGGCCGGGCCUCUGGUAUCUCAGCUUGUGUCAAGCUUGUUAUCAUGUAAAUUCUGUACAAAGAAUUGUUAUUUUUCUCUCUCUCUUUUUUUUUUUUUUUUUUUUUGUCGUUGGUGGUUUUGUUGUGUUUUUUUUUUUUUCCCCAGUUUCUUCACCCCACGCCCUCUCUGUUUGAGACUGCCCGCCGUUUCAAGGUCAAUGAAAUUGGUGGCAUUAAGACACAGAGGGGGGACCUGGGCAUAGCAGCGACCUUCUCUCCCAUUUGCGGUUUUCUGCCUAAUUGUGCAACUGAGGAAAUAUUUAUUUUUCACAUGAGGAAAUGUGUAGUGUGUAGAGACGGCUGAUUUAAGUUACCUGUACAGUCCCCAAGGGGCUGUCUCCGUUCUGUCCCCACCCCCUACAGAAGAUGUGGAGGUGGGGACCCCCGGGCCGGGCCUGCCUCAGCCCUCGCCUUGCCCAGCCAGGGAGGGACCAGGCCCGCGUCCCCAGGAACCCCCGCCUCCCCUGAAUGGUUUGCCGUAUCCAGAAAUGUGUUGGCUCAUUUUUCUUUCAAUGUCUUCAUUUUCAUUGGACGAAUUUUUGCUUUGGAAGAGUUGGGGGGUUCUGCUUUUUUUUUCCCUUGUCCCGCCCUUUUUCCUCCCUUUUCCCGCAAAGAAGAGAGCCCGUGAGUUUUAGGGAUGUCUGUGCAUAUAGGCUCUAUCACCCGUAUGGAACUUGUUUUGAAGAGAAGUGUUUCCGUUGUGGGUGUGUCUGGCUGUAAAUAUUUGUUCAUAUUUUUGUGAAUUCAAUACUAUGUACCAUUGUAUUAUAGUAACUUUUAUAAAGCAAACCA